GGGGCGCGAGCGUUCCGUCUCCCUUCCGCGAACCAACCCCUCCGACGUCCUUCCUCGCUGUCCUCUUACUCUCCGCCGUGUCGUAUUCUACCGUUAGUUCAUUCUUUCCCGUGUUUCCUGCUCCCAUGCCCGCUUCGUUUCUCUCUCCACCCUCUCCGCGCCCUCUCCCGCGCUCUCUCGCGUCCUCCUCCGCUAUCGCAACAAUCUAUCCUCCUCCGCCGUCCCUCCGCUCGACGCGUCGCCCCUCCGCGCUUUGUUUCCCUCGCCCUCGCCUCCCCCGCCGCGAACGGUUUCCGCGUCUCUUCCCUCCCCCCGCCUCGAGCCCGCCGUUCCCGUCACUGUUCCACCCGGCCCGCGAUCUCGGUCCGAUCCUCGCGGCCCGCUCCGUCUCCGUCCGGCCCGCGCCGAACCGCUCCGCUCUCUCGCUCGCGGCGACAACCCCUUCCACGGUCCCCGCUAGAGCUGCCCUGCAAAAACAAGCAUACGGCGAUCCCCAGUAGCACCCUGGUACACAGACCAAGCCGGAACGUCACGCCGGCUGGCCCUGGCGCCAGGUGUAACGUGGCUCUUCUUUCGCCGUCGCGACGGCGGCGUCACACGCACGGAACGGUCCCAGUGUCACGUGCUGCCCGCGCGUCACGCGCCCCACGUCAUCGGCCGACCUCCAAUUCCCAUUGCGUAUCGAUGCAACGGGACGGGAACACCGUCGGACGAUCGACCACGGAUUUUACCGACGCCGAUAUCGAAGGCCUCCGAGUCCGAUCGACGAUUCUCGCACGGCGGGCUGCUCUACGCGGGCCUCUUCCGCUCCACGCCGCGUCCACAUGGCUCAUAAACGAUCCUCCACCGCUUCCAUGCACCCUGUCGCAGUGAUUCGACCGAUCUCGGCGCUGAUCUGAUCGGAGCGACUCGAGAGUUGCACCGACUCCCAGUGCAACGGUUCGGCUUUUUCCGAGCUUGCGAAUCUUUCGGGCACUCGCGAUCGAGUCUCGGAGCACUUCGAAGCUCUAGCUGCGCCGAUGCACCUUCGGGGACUCGCGAUCGAGUCUCGCAGCACUUCCAAGGUCCGCGUAGCUGCGCCGAUGCACUCUUGGUGACGCGAGAUCGUCAUCCGCGAACCUCGAGGCGACUGCUCUUCUCGAACUGUAAUUCCACGACGAUGCCAUCUGGCUCGAAGUAACCGGCGCCCUAUCGCACGGAAUUCUUGGGACGAUCUGCCAGGUAGCGGUCCCAGCACACGUGACCCCCGGGUGACACCAUUCGGCGUGAAGCUUCGCGUUCGAACUCGAACGCGUCGCGCGGGGCGAGCGGCGUUCCGGGUGCCGGAAGAGAUUUCGGGUGUUCGAUUGACCGUGACCAAUACGGUUCUUCGGAGGAGAAUCCCAGUGACGGGUGUGUGCGUGCAUGUGUACACAGGUAGGGGGCAACAGGAACCGUGAACGCGACUGUUCGCGCGGCGCGUUUAGUCGGUCAGUGGACGUCGUCGCGCACGCAUCUCGAGGAACGUAACGUGUACCUUGGUUCGCGGUGUGCAUGUGCGUGUCGCACCCGCGACCCUUGUGUUUACCCGGAUCAGUGGUGAACACGCGAACAGGUCCUCGCACCGUUCCCCGGAAGUGAAUCGGGAAACCGAGUGCCACGGACUGCGAAUUAUUUCGGCCACGGAGGAUUGGAUACCGAUCGGCGAGACUUCGUGCCGACGCUGUUAGGGGGCUGCUGCGUGUCACCGACCUACGCUGCCGCUUGCGAAUUAAGCACGGUCAUCGGGGACUUUUGUUAAACUGUCGCCGCAACCGAGAAGAAUGGAACGCGCCGGCUCGUUUGUUCCUUGAAUAAAUGACGAAUCCGCGAACCAUCGUUUCUCUGUGACGGGUACGAUCGAGCCAACGUAAAGAUCCUGUGCACCUUCAAAGGACUGUUAAUUUGCAACGGGCUCGAAGCGGACAGGAAAGGUGAAAGGAAACCCGCGGAUUAUUUCUCAUGUCUGACACGUCUGGCGGCGUUGGAUGGACACUUAGAAAGUUUUACGAGUCCAGCGGAACGCCGAUGGGGCAAAGAAUAGCUGCGUCGGCUUUCGAGAACGGGCGACCGUCGGGGCUCGCCGGAACGACGACGUCGGAGACGGGACGGCGCUCGACCGCGUCCGUAUUUUGUCAUUCACGGAAUGUUUUGAGCGUAAUUUAAGUUGCACGGGGGAACGGUCCGAGGAUUCGAUAGGGGCGGAGGAAACAAGAGGGCGCGGCGAGAACGCCUCGAGCCGGGGAGAGGCACGGCCGCAUCGUUUUGCAUAACGAAGUCACCGAGUGAUUUGUCGGCGGCGCCUUGGAUGGCCUACGAAAUACCGUGGAAGCUGUUCCUGCGCCCCGAUUGGAAAUAUUUUUCCAUCCCUUCCGGUGACGGGCACGCCUCAGCGGUGGUUGCAGCGAUCAUCUCGGCGAUCUCGAGGCUGAUCUUCGGCUGUGACUAAAGUCGCGUUCCACGGUUAUGCUGGUGGCGUCGCUUCGGGUGGCCGCCAGCAAAUGCUGUCAUGCUCUUGUCAUGCCAGCCGGCGGCCAAGAAGAGGCCGCUGGCCACGAGGUCCUUGAGCAGCUCGACGAGCCCCGCGUUCACGACAGACCGCUGCCUCCUCCUGAUAGCUGUCCUCGUUCUGAUCGGCAGCGAGGGAUCGCUCGCGGCCUCGCAAAUCCGCUACGCAUCGCGCAUCGUCGAGACCAAGAGCGGACAAAUUCGAGGGAUCCUUCAGGAGUUAAACAGCAGACACUUGGACCCGGUGGAAGUGUUCCGGGGUAUUCCGUACGCGGCCUCGCCCAUAGGAGAUCUACGAUUUCGACCGCCAAUCUCUCCGAUUCCUUGGGACGGUAUCAAACUGGCGGACACGUUCGGCGCGGUCUGCCCGCAGCACUUACCGGACAUCAGCAAUGACACGGUCGCCCUUUCGCAAAUGCCUCUGGGCAGGUAUCAGCAGCUGAAACAUUUGCACAUGUUCCUGACCAAUGAGAGCGAAGACUGCCUCUUCCUGAACCUGUACAUACCCGGAAGCGGCUCGCGAGGAUUAGAAGCACCGUAUGCAGUUAUGGUUUACGUUCACGGCGAAAGCUACGAAUGGGGAACCGGGAACGUCUACGAUGGAUCUGUGUUAGCCAGUGCUGGCCACGUUAUAGUGAUGACGCUUAAUUACCGUCUAGGAAUCUUAGGCUUCCUAAGGACUCGACCGUAUCCAGACAGGAUCCCGGGAUCCGGCGGGAAUCUGGCCUUGAAGGAUAUUGCCAUGGGGCUGCGGUGGGUGCGAGAGAACAUCGCAGCUUUCGGCGGCGAUCCGACCAAAAUCACGCUUAUUGGCCACGACACCGGCGCCGCUCUGGUGAAUUUCCUGUUGCUCGCUCCCUACGGCAAGGGUCUGUUCCAUCGCGUGGUAUUAUCAAGCGGUUCCGCGCUAAGCCCAUGGGCCUCCGUUCACGAUCCAAACGACCUGCGCUUAAAAGUAGCGGAGCAAAUAGGAUGUUCCACGGGAAACGACGAAGAUAUCGCCGACUGUCUGCGCGGUGUGCCACUCUACGAUCUUAUGGCGGUCGAACUCCCGGAAAUCCGAUUCGUGCCGCGAGUAGGACCCGGCCUGCCGGUGGACCAAAAUAAUCCAGACCCGGGCCUCGACAUGGAGAGAGCCAGCGACACGUUCAUCAAGGUGCCGUUGAUAUUGGGGGUCUCGUCGACGGAAUCGAAUCUCGACUUCAACGCCGAAGACAUCCAGUACGGGUUCGAGGAGGAUCAUCGGAAUCGCAUCCUGAGAACGUUCAUCAGGAACACGUACGUUUAUCAUCUGAACGAGAUCUUCUCCGCGGUGAGGAACGAGUACACGGAUUGGGACAAGCCUGUGCUCCAUCCGAUCAACCUCAGGGACUCGACCAUGGAAGCUCUGAGCGACGGGCACACGGUGGCCCCGCUCAUGAGGAUCGCUUUCUAUCAUGCCAGAAGAGGGGCGAGGACCUAUUUCUAUCACUUCAGCCAUCAGACCAAGGACACCGGCAAGCCACAGACCAAGGACAGCGGCAAGCUACAGAGCAGCGAUAAGUCCGACCGUCUCGGAAGCAUCCGCGGCGAAGACAUCCCUUACAUUUUUGGAUUACCGUUGGUGGCCGGGGGAACUUUCUUCCCACGGAAUUACUCCCGCCAAGACCAAGGCGUGGCCGAGGCGGUUAUCACCUUCUUCACGAAUUUCGCGAAAACCGGCAACCCGAACGAACCCCACAAAAUUGAAUCCGUGGACUAUGGCACGCCGAAGGAGAAAACGCGGUACCGCGGUCUCACGUGGGAGCAAUACGAAACUGGUACACAACAGUAUCUAACCAUCGCCAUGAAACCGAAAAUGAAGAGUCACUACCGUGGCCAUAAAAUGGCGGUCUGGCUCAACCUGAUCCCGCAACUUCACCGACCCGGCGACGACGACGUCUCCAUGCGGCAUCAUCAUUUCCGGGAGCGGGGCGACCACUUUUAUGCGGGACCAGUCAGGGAUGAAUGGUACACUCCACUGCCUCUGGUAGGAACGACCAAGACCAGCGCGUCCUCGACAACGGCGUGUAGCACGCCGUCGAGCGAAGACGGAAUCACGGAAGACAUCACGCCGAUCCUGGACGAUUCGGAAGACGACGCUGAACUGUUGCAAAGAUUGGCCUCCCGCCACUACUACAGCACCACCACUGCCCUAGCGAUCACCGUAGGAGUUGGUUGCAUUCUCCUGGUGCUGAACAUGUUAAUAUUCGCCGGGAUCUACUACCAAAGAGACAGGGACAAGAAGAGAGCAGCCAUGGACUGCACGCCGAACGGCCAGGAAUCCCUGCCGAUGACCACGAGAUCGUCGAUGAAGGGACCGGACAGUCCCAGAUCGACCCAAGAGCCGCCACCCUCUUACACGACUCUCGCCAGGAGUCCCUCGAUUCAGGAGCACCAACAAGUCCUUCAAAGCCAGUCGCUGGACACGGACGAGCCGGUGAGAAACGAGUCGAAAUCUGGCCACGGGACCAGCAACGCUGUUCACAAGGAUCCGAUACCGCCGAAGCCGCCGACAAGGACGACCAGUUCGCUGAGCACCAACACCGGCACCAACACGAUCAAGAAACGCGUGCAGAUACAGGAGAUAUCCGUAUAGCAUUAGGGGUUGCCCCACGAGGGCAACUCAAAGGCUAAGAAGGUAACUUUCGUCGAUUUCGAGGCAAUUAGCGAAUCAAAGUUCUGAAACGACGACCAGGGUGCUUUCGAGUCGUCGUCGCGUCGAGCGGACGGAUGGCUCGAAACCGGGACGGAACUAUCGAAGAACGAGUGCACGAAAUAUCCGAUGAGAAAUCAUUUCGCUGGAGAAAGCUGCUCGAACGAGCAAGAAGACUAUAGUGCCGAAAGUGAAUCGCCGUAGCAAAGCGAACGGACGUUGAUCCGAGUCGUUCGGUAGCACGGAAUACUACGAUAGAACGCCGACUCUGCCGUUCGAUCGAAGGAUAAAUAUGUUCCUCCGUAACGCGAGAAACUGUCUAAGAGAAUCUCCAUCGUUCUCUGAAGCCACUGCCAUUUUUUUCCACAGCCGUUCUCGAAGCGUGACUUCUUCGCCGAGAUACUCGAGGGUCCUGUCGGUUGCGAGAACGUGUUAAAUGUGAGCAAAUUCGUCGUCGUCGGACUUCGUACUCUAAUUAGGUGUCGACACACUACCUGGCUAGGCAGGAACUCCAAGGACCGAAGUAUCGAAGCUCCUCCACUGUGAAACGAUCAGUGUUCUUCAAGUGUUCUUCUCGUAGCUUGUAUCCGGGAUCGAGGGUGCUCGAUCGACGGAGAUACGGUAUUAGUCCAAUAUCCUGAGGUACUCCUAAACUUCCAGUGACGCGCUAGACCCUGGGUCACCUCUGUGUGUCUCUUCUAUCCCAAUUAACUGAAAGUCGUGCACGAAUUCGCACAGAUAAUCAAUAAAUAGGUAAUGUUUAUGCUACACGGUCCGUAGGGGGCGAGCAUUGUAAAGAACGAUUCGUUGCGCGAGAAUCACUUCUAAAAUUACAUGGUAAUGUCCUUGCGAUCCGCGUCGUAGUGUCCUGCGAGUGCGACGAUCUAUACGCGACUUCUCGUACUCUGUAUAAUUGAUCACCGAUACCAAAGAAAUUUUUCGUAACUCCGUGUAAUGCGCGCGCGCAACGACACGCAAAACACGUAUACGCGUACAUACAUGCAUAUAUAUAACGGCGCACACGACAAACAGACAGGUGAAUACACAUACACACACACACACACACACACACACACACACACACACGAGUUAACACACCAGUAUCGAAGAUAAUUGAACAAUGAUAAUGUAUAGAAUGUUAUCGUAUGUUAAAUUAAUACACGUUCUUUACGUCUGAUAUUUUUAUACUUCGUAUGAUUUGUUUCGCGUAACGAUCACCGAGGAUAUUGAAUUGUAUUUGUUGUCGCAGGAAAUAUUGUACACGUUACCAUUACUCGGCCUGUAUAGUCAUCGUCAUAAACUCCAUCAAGCUCUCAUAAUAAUAUCGUCAUCGUGAUAUCAUCGUUCACCGAUAAAAGCUCGUGUGCGUAUAUAGGACAGUUUACACGAGUGUUCUGUGCAAGCUCAAAAGGAGAUCGAGGCCACUGGGAACUAAUAUAUGCGCGAGUGUUGAUCGAGUUGAAAAGUCCGAAAGAGUCUGUUUCAAAGAGGAAAGAAAGAGUUUUCUGGUCGCAACGUGUGCUCAAAAUGUGAUCGCUAAACGGGAGACAAUUUCGUUCGGAUCGAUGAUUUCCCCUUCGACCAAGUAAUCUAAGGACACGGAUUACCGCGCCACACGCUUAAACGAUCCACGUGUUCCGGUAGAGGUAGGACGAGCGAUUUUUAAGACAACCGACCGAGAGACGGGAUCCGCGCUGACGUAAAUCUGUUCUACGAUCGACCUUCCUUUCUCACGUCUUAACUUCUUCGUUACGCGAACGCACCGGUUCGAAUUACCUAACGGGACGGAGAUCGUCCCGUCUCGGCGCUAUUGAAAUUCGCAUGAAAUUAUUUAAUCGAAUUGAUCGUUCGAACGAAUGAAAUUAUUAAGGGAGCAUGAAUUCACUAAUCGACUGUAUUCGUUCACCGAGCCACACGGAACUAACGAAAGCGUAUCGGUACCAUUAAGAACGUAAAGUUUUACUUAGGUAGCAUAAUGUGCACGGUGUCGCGUAAUUGUACCGUCGAUUUCGAUCAUUUUCAACCGCAUCGUCGCGCGAAUAAGGCAGACGAAGAGUAACGACAGCUGCCGACUAUUGUCCGCGAAUGGUUUAAAUCGCUAACACGUUGUGACUGUUCGUUGAUUGUGUGAACGGGGUAUCAAGCACGGAACAGUGAAAUUUCAAUAGUAGAUUAGAUUAACCACCUUUGUAAAUUUCACUGUACAACAAUAAAAUGCUGAUUUCUAAAUAUA